CCAAUCAAGGCAUGACUCAGCGGAGGGACACUGCCAGCGCUGCCACCACCGACCGCUGCAAUAUGGCGUGAUGUUCGCAGCAACCGUCACAAUCUUACCGCAAUCGAGAACGUGCUGAUGACCCAAAUUCUUCUCCUGGUACGCGAAUCAAUCUGGCAUCAUUCGGGGCUCUCUUGUUGGAUGCAAGACGUCUAGGAGCCCAGUCGUUGCCAGAAGCAAGAAAAGACCCGCAAAGUGGAGAUUCAUCUCGACUCUGGAGCCUGGCGGGCAUGGUCAAGAGUUUGAUAUUUCUUCGACAUUGGCCUGCUUAACAGUCACCAAAAGCGCGAGCAUGAAACCUAUAUGUUUGGGACAACGGUGAGUGGAGGGGUGAGCAAAAGGACUCCUGGCUUUGACAUACCUGAGGUGCCGUCCGAGGAAAGUCAUCGAGGCCGAUACGUGGCGAGGGAAUGGCUAAACCAUCGUCUACUAAUCACAGUGUUACAUUUCAAGCAGAACCCCGAGAGAAUGAUUUGCGUCUUGUGAAUUUUGAUACUGAGACUUUUGCAAUGGGCCAAGAGCCUCGAUGAAAUCCUCUUUCAAGGUGGUGACUUGAUUCCGCCAACGCUUGGACCCCAGAAUAUAACGAAUUCCAUUCUUGCAGCAUUCCUAAGGAUUCUAGCCCUCUUCACAAGGUUUCCGGGGCUUUUGCAAAAUGUUGUUUACUUUCCUCAUGUGGCCUACAUUUUGCUUCCAUCUCUGUCCUCCCUUGGACGAACCUCGAGCAUUCACAAUGUCUACCAAGAUCAACCAUGUCCCUAACAAACUCUCCUGACUGCUUGACCCAAGUAGAAGACAAAGCCUUCAAGAUGUUGUUUCCAGGUGUCUCUGACGAAGGCAGUUCCUUUGAUGACUUCUUCAACGAGGAGAUGUACAGGCUGGACGGCAGCGAUGAAGGAAAUAAAGCCCAUCCGGACCAGUUCGAAGCUCUUUUCGCCGAUGCCUUCAACCAAGACGAAUACAGACUUCCGUCUCUCGAUAUCUCAGCCAAGAUUGAGCAUUCGCCUCCUCAGCCAUGGCGCAAGGGUGUGUGGUGUCUGAAGCAAAGACAACAACCUCCUAGGCUUGCGGUGGAGAAAACACGCAGGCCAGAGACAAAGCGGACAGAGCAAAUCCAAACAAUGAAUGCCCUCAACCACAGCUUUCAUCAUGCGCAAGAGCCACUAGAGAUCACUUCACCCAGCCGAACAAAGAGGUUCGUCACCUCGCCCGCUGCUGGGGGAUUUGAUCCCACGACGUACGUCCGGCCUCCCUUCUCUCGCGAAACCACCCUAUCACCGAGCCCCAUGUAUGCACAACUCCCCAUAUCGCCGCGCGCCGGCCAGAGCGACACGAGCACCUGGCAGCAAGACUUUCAGAAUUUCCACCUGCGCAUGCCAUACGAACGCCCGUUGCAGCCGCGUCCCGUCUCAAACAAGCAGACUGAACAAGGCCGUCUAGCUCGCGACAUGAAUGCAGCUAUAAUGACCCAGAAUCAGGCCGUAUCCAGCCAAGGUCAUGGGUAUCUUGACCAGUACAGGAGCUCGGCCCGCCCCGAGACCAAUGCCAUUGAUCCUGCGCUGCUCAGUCCACAGUUUGAGAGGUCUCAAGACGACCAGCACGCGUACGGAGGUAAUUCGUUCUUUUUGCCCAAUCGACAUGGCAUGCAUGGGCCAAACUCGAUGCCCUCUCCGAUUAGCACCAGCCUGCCGUCAUCAGGGAGCUCAACCCAUUCGCAGACCGCCAGAACACAUACCUCAAAUACUAACCUCAGCAUGCACUCAAAAGCUGUCUUUUCGCCCCCCACAGCGACUGCUCAUCCCCCUCUACCGACACUGGCACCAGAGGAGUCUUAUCCGGCAUUGGCUGCUCCCACGCCGAAACGCGUGCCUCAUCCGAUUUUGCAUCAGCCGAGUGACAACUCAUUGACGGGACUGGGAAUCCACUAUCCAGAGCUGGAGCAGAUGAGCCAAGCCGUGCUCUAUGAGCCACAGGCGUACCUCCCGCAAGCACCUGCUCCCAUUGGUGUGGCAUUGCCUUACCCGCCUGCGACAACGGCACCCAAUCCCAUGUACGCUUAUCCACCUCUUCCACCACCUCCAUCCCACGUCUUCCCGGACCUCUCUCCCUUCACCACUCCUCGAAAACAACGACGGUCACCUUCCCGAUCUCCGACGCCGUCAGUGUCGCCUACCAACGUCAGUCCCCGACGCAACCCUGCGCGAUCACCGACCCGCAGCGUCACCGACUACAGCCAGAGUCGACGGAAAUCGAUCCACAAGUCAGGGCCUAUCAAGGACAGUGCCGCACAAGACCCUGUCCCAGCGCCACGGACGAGAUCAUCAUCUCGACCGCCACGAACCCCAAAGGCCCCCAAGACACCUACCGGCGGAGGGGCGGUGAUUGACUUUGUCAACUUCACGCCCAAGGAUUCUGCCAAAUUAUUGAGUGAUGUAGCACCAAGCGGAAGUUCCAAGACCAGGGCUCGAAGAGAGCAGGAAGCGAGAGAUAAGAGGAAGAAGCUAAGUGAGGCGGCAUUGAAGGCUGUCCGAGUUGCGGGGGGAGAUGUGGCCGCGUUUGAGAGGGCGAUCUUCACGUAAUUGAUGCAAGGGGUGUUUGAAAAUCACAGUCACGGUCAGUGGUUCGGGGGAGAAACUGGAGGAUGUGCUUUUCCAAAGCGGAUAUGUCGACCGCCUGUUUAGCGUUGACUCCUUUGAUUUUGUGCUACCUACAAAGAGAUCUAGGGGAACGAGGACUGCUGAUCCAUUGCGCCGGUAAUGGUACGGGUUUGCUGUAACACUUGAUAGGUUGUUGAUGGCUUUUUGCAGGGUGAUACAAGGGAGGCUAAUGAACC